AUGGCUUGGAUUAACGCUGUGAUACUGGUUGUAGUGUUGCUACUGGAGAGUGAGACACUCAAGGCGGCGGAUUCAGAAGAAAAGAGGAACCGUUUGAAUGAGGCUCGGUUUGGAUUGCAGUGCGUCAGUAUGUGCAUAAGCUCUAUCUUCUUCAUCGAGAUCUGCAUGAAGCUGUUUGCACUGGGACCGAAAACUUUUUUCAGUCACUGGAUUGAGGUUUGGGACCUGGUCGUUAUUGUGAUCAGUUUGAUUGUGGACGCGAUCAUCAUUUCAGCGCAUGUUGCCCGCAACCGCACAGCGCAUGGGUCCGACGCUCAUUAUUUCUCCAAUGACCCUUCUUCAGACCCACUGGCUGCAGUUGGCGCAGCUGCCGCAUUACUGGUUAUCUUCCGAUUAUGGCGGAUAGUGGGAAUAAUGAAUGCCAUCAUUGUAACAAUUCACGGUGGUUUGGAAGCCAAAAUAGCUAAACUGAAGGAGGAAGGAAUGAAGUUACGUCGUCGGGUAUUUCAGCUAGAGUCGGUACUGGAGGAGGCGAACCUGCCCAUACCAAAGAUGGUGGAUGAUUCGGAAGAAAACGUGGAAAUUAAUUCAAGGCAUAACCAUGCUCAUCAUCACAGAAAGCAUCAACGCCACCACCACAACCACCACCACCACCACCACAACAACAACAACCGGAACCACUUGAUGCAAUCAAGUUGCAUCACUGAAGAUUCCAAUGAUAUAGGAUCGGCAACUACCGAUUUCCCUGUUGCAACACAUCCAGAGAACGGAAACUAG